AUGGCUUGGCUUGCUUUCGCUGCUCCCCGCACUUUCAAACGGAUGCCACUAUCCCGGACCACGGAUAUCUUAAAGCUUCGCAAAAUCGCAAAAUCGCACGAUCGCACGAUGCCCACGUGGUUCCUCCUGCCGGACUUCACCUUCUCCAUGGACGGCCCGCUCCGCAUGGGCAUGGUAAUUCCGCACUGGUCCAGGUCGACGACAGUCCUUGCAGACGUUGGUGCCGAAGGCGAAAUCAAGCUCCCAGCUAUUAAGACUAUCACGGAGCGCAAUCACGUUCACAAUCAUUCAACGUCGCAAUCCGACAGUCUGAGCCUGUGGUCGACAUUCGAAAGCUUGGCGUCUGCAUCAGCCAGCGUGAACACGGGCGAGAGCAAGGGCAUUGACUACAGCAAAACAGACCAUGAAGUCAGGUUUUUCGCAGAUCCGCUGAUGCCGGACACGGCAGCAGCGGUUGCUAAACUCCCCGUAGUGCGUGCUCACAUUGACUCGGGUAUCUUUGGCAAACGCCCCGUCUACAUCGUCUCGGGCCUGCGCAUCGCCACGUCUUCAUUUACGGCGACGAAGGAAAGCAGAUACCAUUUCAGCGCUACAGCGGAGGGCUCUGCGAACCCCGUGGGUGGCUACACACCUAUGGAUGCGGGCGGAAACGUGAAGCACGACAGCCGGGACAAUAUUGCCGACUCGUAUGACACUGCGCCGGGGAUCAUUUUCGCCUACCGACUCAAUGUCAUCCGAACCCGCAGGGCGGGGGUCGAGACGGAGCUGUUCCAGCAUAAAGGCGCCUUCUUGACGGGGUCAGCCGGCGAGAGUGAUGCGCCUCUAAUUGUUGUUGAGGCAACAAAGGACGAGAUUGACGAGGACUUGGAGGAAGAGGUCGAGUACGAAACCAUGGCAGUUGGAGAGGAUGGGAUGUGUAUUUAUCUACCAAGGAGCUGA